CUAAUCCUGAAAGGGAGGGGGACGGGGGAGUUAUCUGGCAGCCAGCUGAUCUUUGCUGUGGUAUUCUGCACUCUGAGAGCCAAGAGAGAAAGGAGGCAGAGUCAACUUGUCUGCACUCAGAUAGAGGAAGCCGAAAGAAAAACUGAACAUCAACAGUUGCAUGAGAGGUUCCACACACAGCAGGAAGCACAGAGGCUUUGCGACGAAAACAUGAAGCUCAGCUUUAUGACCACGUGAAGUUCUGCCUGCCACUGAGAAAAACAUCUGCAAGAGAGGAGGGGAGUUAAAGAGGGAAGGAGACAGUGACUCACUUGUUUGGAUUCAUCCAGAGGGUGUUUCUGUAGACAUUUGGCAGAUCACGAGCAAGAUUUCAGAGAUGUCUUGGCUGUCACCCGUACAGUGGGCCAAGUGGACCUGGUCGGCAGUUAGGGGAGGAGGAGAGGAAGAUGCAGAGACGGAUUUGUGGAUGGAUGGUGAGCCCCUCACGGAAGAAGCGCAAAGGGCUCUGACAGGAGAUCAAGAGGAGGAUGAAAGGUCACAUGGUUGCAGUUCAGAUUCAGAGGGCCAAUUUGAGACACCUGAAAGUGAGACCCCUGUUCAUCAGCCACUGAAAGAGCCGACAGCACCUGGUCUACCAGUUACAGAGAGCACAGGUUUCCCAGAAGAUGAUGUAAAUCAGUUGACCUCCAUCAUCACCCAAAGCCUCACCCUGACUGAGACCUUUCCUGAGGAUGUAUUUGCCCCGGGCCUGCAGCAGACCAGUGUCAACCCCAGCUUGACCCUGAAACCCAGGAACCAGCCUUCCUCUGCUGUCAUGGAUGUGGAACAGCCAUAUCCUGCUGAAGCAGGUCUGACAGUUGAUGCAGAGCCCAUCUGCAAUGGUCAUAUUGAAGAACCAUCCCCCAAACCACAAAACAAGUCCCUCAAACCUAGACCUCCUUCCCUCAAGGUGAAGGCCCCACUUAAUGGCGUAGACCCCAACGAGGUGGAUGACGAUCCACCGAUUCUUCCAAAAGAAAGCUACAACUUUGACAAUGAUCAGUUUGACGACAAAAUCAUUCCUUUUGCCACUGGAGGUUCUAAGUUGCAGAACUUUCCACCUGCCAAUGCCAGUAUUCCCAAAUCAGAACUAACAGACGAAACAUCAAUGCAGCCAGUUAAGUUGGAGUUUGGACUUGAUGAUGGCAAAGCCAAGAAACGUCCACCCAAGAGGCUUGGAAAGAAGGCAAGCAGCAAGCUGGCUUCUCCAAAAACUCAGAGACCGAAAGCUGCAGAAACAACAGUCCCACUGCCAGAGACUUCAUCAGAACAAGACCAACCACCAUCUCAGAAUGCAGCCCCCAUGAAUGUUGAUGAUAUUCCAAUUCCUAAGAAAUCCUACAACUUUGACCCGAAUCAGUGGGAUGAUCCCAACUUUAAUCCUUUCGGAGGGAACAAUAAACUUGGCAAUUCAAUGACACUCCCUAAAGGAUCGUAUAAUUUUGACGCUGAUAACUUUGAUGAUUCUGUUGAUCCUUUUAAGCCACCAAAGAACUUAGGAGGAGGUGACACGAUUAAAUCAACGACUGAGAAGCUAACAGACAAACACAAACCAGAGGGAACUCUGGAGCAGAGGAAGAAAGCCGGGCAGUCACCAAAUAAAAACAAAGACAGGAUCAUCACGAACUCAUGUAAAGUAAAGAAGUAUGAGAACCAGUCCUUAGUCCUUGAUGUCUUUAAUCAGGAGAAAGAUGUGCAGAAGGAUCCUGCAUCUGAGCUGCCUCACCGCGUGCGGCACGCCACUGAUGAGGAGAAACUGGCCUCCACUGUCAUGGGGCAGAAAGAUGAGAUGGAGGAAUUUUCAGACUGCACCAAAACCAUCACCAGUACCAAGACUGCAGAUGAUCUGCCUGUGGGGAUAACAGACCAGUUUGAUGAGAAAGACCUCUCCUCUCCGAGUACAGAGGACCUGUGUAAGAGUAAUGCUUUGAGUUCUUCAGACAGUGAGACUGUAGAGAAGUCAAGUCCAGGGCUGGAUUCAAUCCCUCUCAGUGAGAUGGACAAGGCAGCAGUGCUCACACUGAUCAGAGAAGAGAUAAUCUCCAAAGAGGUUGAAGCCAAUGAGUGGAAAAGGAAAUAUGAGGAGAGUAGACUAGAGGUCAUUGAAAUGAGGAAAAUAGUGGAUGAGUAUGAGAAGACAGUAGCCCAAAUGAUUGAGGAUGAGCAACGUAAGUCCAUAGGAUCUGAGAAAAGUGUCCACCAGUUAACUUUGGAGAGAGAUCAGGCCAUAGCCGACCUCAACUCUGUGGAACGCUCACUGUCUGACCUGUUUAGACGCUACGAAAACAUGAAGACUGUCCUUGAGGGUUUUAAGAAGAAUGAAGAAGUGCUAAAGAAGUGUGCUCAGGACUACCUCACACGUGUGAGGCAGGAGGAACAGCGUUAUCAGACUCUCAAAAUCCAUGCAGAGGAGAAACUUGAAAAAGCGAAUGAGGAAAUAGCUCAGGUGCGAGCUAAGGCCAACGCAGAGAGUGUGGCGCUGAAUGCCAGCCUGAGAAAAGAGCAAAUGAAGGUGGACUCCCUGGAGCGAGCGCUUGAACAGAAGAAUCAGGAAAUUGAAGAGCUUUCCAAGAUUUGUGAUGAGCUCAUAGCCAAGUUGGGCACAACGGACUAAGAGGAAGUAGAACAUACUCAUAUUGUUGCUUAUAAGCCCUGUCUGACACAUACCCACUCUGGCCAAGAACACCUUUAGAUCUCCAAUUACUGUUUUCUUAUUGGAAUUGUAUUAAAGUAACUUUUCCAUGGAUCUGGCUAAAUCCAAGGGAUGAGCUGAAGAAUCAAAUAAAGCAGUCAGAAGCGUAUUUUUUACAGAUUCAAAUGUGCUGAUGUUGGACUUACAUCCAUAUUGCCACAAUCCACAUUUGCUGUUAUAAAAAAAAAUAAAAAUAAUGGUGAGAGUCUUGAAAAGGGUGGAGAAAACCACAUGCAUAUCUCUGACAUUCUGAUGUCUGCUUCAGAAAUUCGGUGGAGUUUGUGUACAUUGCAGAUUCGGCUGUUAUGGCAGCUGCUUGUAUGAGACAUUGGGAGAAUUCUACUGGGUGUGUGUAUGGUCAAGUGUCUAAGUAAAAGAAGAGGUGUUUAGGUAAUUGGCCUUGUUUGUAGUUUACAUGAUCACACUGCUGCUAUUUGUACAAGAGGUAGCAAAUCGUAUUAUUUACACAUUUUCAAGGUAGAUAAAACUUUUUUUUUUGUUACAAUACUUGCCAUGAUCGUAUGUAUGAUACAAAUUUAAAGAAAACCUUUGAGCACAUUUAAAACUUAUGUUUGAAGAGUUUGCAAACUACCUUGCUACUGUAGGUGUUUAGGUGCCAAAUGAUCAGAGCUAUGUUGUUACCAAAUGUGAUGUUAAAGAAAUCUGAUUAGUUAACUUCCAUUCAUAAGGUCAUAAUCUUCCAAUCAAAUGCUCGCUUUGCAAAAUUCAACAGCACAAUUUUUCAAACUAACUGAAAGCACUUAAACAUUCUUUAAUUAAGUAAUUAAUUACAUUGUCUUAAAAUAUGCAUGAAGUACAAAGUUUGUCAUAGGUUGAAAUCAUUUUGCUGUUUACGCUAUUGCACAGUCGAUUGCACAGAGCCCGUCAAAGUGCUUUAGUUAUUAGUUGCCUGUGGACUGAAUCAUUCUUAAACCAUUCAAUUUAAUCAUUAUGAGAAUUGACAAUCUUGUGCCAGAUUUGCUAUGUGCCAGAUGCUGAAGUGAUGCUAUUGGCUGUUGUUUUUAACACAUAAUCCCACAACUGCUAUCUUAUGCAAUAUUUCUGCUCAGAAUAACCAACUGCCAAAUGAAACCACUAUCCAUGUGCCAAACAUUAAUGGGUAUGUGGAACAAUAUAAAAUAGCCUGUAAAUUGUCAUGUCAUGUUGUUUGAGGUGCUUUUUGUUGUUCUUUACAGUACUCACUGAAAUCUGACCUGUGUGUAUUUUUAUGAGAAUAUUAUUGUUCUUUUAUUGUGUUAUUAAUGUUUGUAAAGUGGAAGAGAGAAUGAGUUACACAGAAAUCCCAUUGACUAAUAUAUAUUUUGUGCAUAAAUGCAUUCCCUGAAUAAAAGUAAUAAUUAGCU